AUAAUAGUAAUCAUUCACAAAUCCAAACCAAAAAUACCUAAACUUACUCUCAAAUCAAAUAUAUAUAUGCUUCUUUCAAAAUGUUCUUUCAACUAUUCUCACUUCUCUUCUUAACUCUAUUUGUUACUUCCGUUACUUCCAGCCGUUUCAUCUACGACUUUGAUCCUGUCCCAUCAUCUGCCACCACGCCACUUGAAACUAACCCAGUUGGCUUCAGCGGAGCCGUCAUCAAAGUCGGGGCAAAUAUGGCCGUCAGUGGAAGUCAGAUUCCGUUAGCUAGCCUUUUGAUACGUAAUGGCGCCAUUUUGACCAGUAACAAAGACGAAGUCCCUCUCAUUCACCAUCACCAUAUCAGUGGUACAAUAUCCAACAUAAUCAAAUGAUCAGCUCGUUGGUACAACUAGUCAACAAAACCAUAAUUUUUAAGGAAUUGUUUUUCUCAAUACAUGCAACGUUUUCUUCUAGAGUGAAUUCAUUAUCGACUUGGAAGAUUGAACAUGUAUCAUCAAGAGUUGUAUCUGUAAUCAUAUCAGUUGACAGUUUGAAUGGUCUUAUUGAACUAAGGGGUGUUAACAAAGCCAAAGCAAGUAGAUUUAUGCUCCAAUGAGCUUAUUAAGAUAGAAAUAAACUAGGGACUUGAAUAGCUCAUGCAGAGCUUUAUUGUGCAAAGAAGUAAAGAGAGGAAGAACAACUUAUCAAAAGAUUAAAGCGUUGACAAAAAUAUAAAAUAGAUUUAAGCUUCGGCCCAUUAGUUCCCUUCUUGGGAUUAAUGGUUUAUUUAUCGGCCCAUUUAGUGAUUUCAGCCCAUUAAUGGUUUCAUUCCUCUCUCAUUUUUUUCUUUCUGUGUUCGAGCUUCUUCCAUGGCGAAACUAGCAGAAGAGAUGAAUCCUGAAGGUUCACGAUACCAGCUUCUUCUCUCAUGUCCUUCUGGCCUCUCUCCGUCUCAGGUUUCUCUCCAAUCGAAUCUAUACAAUGUGACUUAGUAUCCUUAAUCAUCCGAUAUUGUUGUUUCGAUGCUAAAAAAGGUCUCAGUGGAUUUCUCGAAAUCGCAUGAUCGGAUUCCUCGUCAAGAUCCUGGUCUAGAAGAUUCUAUUUCACAGGUUUGGGAGCAGAGAUCACAGGGAAAUUCAUCAUUGUUCAAUGGCCAAAAAUUUAGGUAUGGAGGAUAUUGUUUAGAUGAUGAUGAUGGUAGUACCAAUGAAGUGCCACACGUUUGUCUUCGUCUUGGCCUGACAGAUUACAGGACUUUUGUAGGAACGAAUUUGAGUUCUCUGUGGGAGAAGUUCCUUGUUACAUCAGAAGAUGACUCUGUUAGAUGUCGACACACCUCAAGUCCAUUGGGAAAUGGUGCAGUUAUCGAAACUUCUGAUAAGAAGAUUAUUGUGUUACGUCGGAGUAAUAAUGUUGGGGAAUUUCCAGGACACUAUGUAUUCCCUGGGGGCCAUCCAGAGCCAACAGCAGUAGGUAUUGAUUAUCAUCAGCUUGAAAACAAUGUUCAAACCGGUGAGGUUUUAAACAAGAAGGUAACUCAAGAAAUGUUUGAUAGCAUUAUCUGUGAAGUUGUCGAAGAAACUGGAAUACCAGCAUCAUCACUUAGCUCGCCUCUCUUCAUCGGUAUAUCUCGAAGGGAGUUGAAUGUAAGACCAGCUAUGUUUUUCUACCUCAAGUGUAGUCAUCAUUCAGAUGACAUUCAAAGAUUAUACUCUAGCGCUGAAGAUGGGUUCGAGUCAACACAGCUCCACACUGUCUCAUUGGAUGAGCUGAAGAUGAUGACAUCGAGAAUGCCAGGUUGCCAUCAUGGCGGAUUCGCUCUCUACGAACUGAUGCUUCAACGUCUCAAGAACACUAAGGAAACGUCUUUAAUAGCAACGUAAGAGGAAGAUACUUAAACUUUACACCUAGUUGUGAAUUAUUGUUUGCUAAUGAUCAUGUCAUUUUCGAGUAACUUUUAUUAGAUUAACCGUAUUAAUUUGUAAAAUCCAUGAUAAUGAGUAACUAUCAUGUAAUUCAGGGAUAGAAAGCUCUAAGUUAUGUUGGAUAACAGGUUCAUUUGUUCACAUAUGUAAAUGGUAAGGGUUUCGUUUCUGUAGAACCUACAACAUGGGGAAUAUGAAAGCUUACAAAUCUCACGCAAAUACCAUUAUGAUUCAUGCGUUUACCCUGUUUUGGAUGAAAAUU